UCCAUCCACAGCAGCGCCGCGCGCACACGAUCCUCAGCACCACCAUCCUCCGCCCGUUUCCAGCCCAGAGGACACCGGGACCUCUGCUUCUCCCAAACAUGGAUCUAUGGUUUCGUUCGAUCCGGAUUUGCUGGUGGAGGGUUUUGUUUCUGAUGACCGUUAUCCAGAACUGUCUGAGCUCCAUGCUGGACUGCCCGCCGACCUGCAGCUGCUCUCCGACCGAGAUCUAUUGCAAUAAGUCCGACAACGGCAGAUUUUUUCCUUUACUCGCCCUGCAAGACACUGGGAGCAAUGGGACCAGUGUAGACAUAGCAGAGUUAUUCAAAAACAUCACCUCCAUACACAUAGAGAACUGGACGGGAUUGCAGACUCUGAGGGAUGUGGAUAUGGAGCUGUACACUGGACUACAGAGACUAACUAUUAUGAACUGCAACCUGAGGUCAAUCCAAGCUCGGGCUUUUGCUCAGAACCCCCACCUCCGCUACAUAAACCUGUCAAAGAAUCCUCUCACCACGCUGUCGUGGCAGCUCUUCCAGAACCUUCAACUCUCUGAGCUGCGUCUGGACGGCGUGGUGUUUGACUGUGGUUGUGAUGCCCGUUGGAUCCAGCUGUGGCAGCAGAGAGGAGAAGCUGGACUUCACACCCAGCAGCUCUACUGUAGGAAUGGAGCCUCCAAGAUCAGGCUGCACAGCAUGCCCAUUGACAACUGCGACUUGCCAGAGAUCAGUGUGAGCCACAGCAGUGUGCUGGUCACCGAGGGCGACAACGUCACUGUCACCUGCAAUGGAUCUGGAUCACCACUUCCGGAAGUAGACUGGACCGUCAGCGGCCUACAUUCCAUCAACACACACCUGUCUAAUGUCUACUGGCCGAACAUCCACUCCAUCAAUCUGACCCUCUUCAACAUCAGCAGAGAUGACAAUAACUUCCUGCUUACCUGCAUUGCUGAGAAUGUGGUGGGGAUGAGCAACUCCUCCAUCCAACUCAAUGUUCAGUUUCCUCCAGUCAUCUUGAGAUUAGCCGAACCAGAGCAACGCCACGACACUUGCAUCGAGUUCACAGUUCGGGGCUACCCACACCCCAAACUCCACUGGUUCCAUAAGAAAAAGGAGAUUCUUCAGAAUGAGUACAUCCGAACUGAGAUGGACUUCUACCAGGACUAUCUGGAAGGGUGCCUGACCUUCCAGAAUCCUACACAUAUUAACAAUGGGAAUUACACAUUGGAGGCAAGCAAUCCUCUGGGAAGAGUCACCAAGACUGUGUACGGUCACUUUCUCAUGGCGCCAGGUAUUGAUGAUGAAGUUCCAUCUAUGCCAUCAGACAGUGACUCAGGGCGACCAGAUGAAGACACUUUUGGGGUUUCCAUUGCUGUGGGCUUGGCGGGCUUUGCUUGCCUCCUCCUUCUCAUCCUUUUUGUUCUCAUCAACAAAUACGGCCGCCGCUCCAAAUUCGGUAUGAAAGGCCCAGUAGCUGUGAUCAGUGGAGAAGAAGACUCUGCCAGCCCUCUCCAUCAUGUCAACCAUGGGAUUAUUACCCCCUGCACUCUUGAUGCAGGUCCUGAUGCGGUUGUCAUUGGGAUGACUCGCAUUCCAGUGGUAGAGAAUCCUCAGUACUUUAGACAUGGACACAACUGCAACAAGCCAACGACCCUUGUCCAGCACAUAAAACGCAGAGAUAUCAUCCUGAAGAGGGAGCUGGGGGAAGGAGCCUUUGGUAAAGUCUUCCUGGCUGAAUGCUACAACUUGAGUCCCACAAAGGACAAGAUGCUGGUGGCUGUUAAGACACUGAAGGAUCCAAAUCUAUCUGCAAGAAAGGACUUCCAGAGAGAGGCGGAGCUUCUGACCAACCUGCAGCAUGACCACAUCGUUAAGUUCUAUGGCGUGUGUGUUGAUGGAGACCCGCUCAUCAUGGUGUUCGAGUACAUGAAGCAUGGAGACCUCAACAAGUUCCUCAGAGCCCAUGGACCAGAUGCAAUGAUCCUGGUAGAUGGCCAGCCCCUACAGUCUAACGGAGAGCUUGGCCUUUCACAGAUGUUGCACAUUGCUACACAGAUUGCUGCAGGCAUGGUCUACCUGUCCUCCCAGCACUUCGUUCAUCGAGAUCUGGCAACUCGCAACUGCCUGGUGGGCAAUGGCCUGCUGGUCAAGAUUGGAGACUUUGGAAUGUCCAGGGACAUCUACAGCAGUGACUACUACAGGGUUGGAGGACAUACCAUGCUGCCUAUUCGCUGGAUGCCACCAGAGAGCAUCAUGUACAGGAAGUUUUCCACAGAGAGUGACGUCUGGAGCUUUGGAGUCAUUUUGUGGGAGAUCUUUACCUACGGGAAGCAGCCUUGGUUCCAGCUGGGCAACAACGAGGUCAUUGAGUGUAUAACCCAGGGUCGGAUUUUGGAGAGACCACGGAUUUGUCCUAAGGAGGUUUAUGACAUCAUGCUAGGCUGCUGGCAGAGGGAACCACAGCAGCGACUGAAUAUUAAGGACAUUCAGAAGGUCCUUUUUGCCCUGGGGAAAGCCACACCGGUCUACCUGGACAUCCUGGGCUAGCAAUUGCCCAGACUGGACCACUCCCUGCCAGAGGGACAGCACGACACUCACCGUCGCAAAACCAGGAAUAGCCAAACAAACCUGCUUCACUGUCGAGAAAAACACAUUUGGGAAGGACUUAAGUGCCUGCAACACUUUUUGGAUAUAGUGGAUUAAAUGUUCCCAAAACCAUGCACUUUUACAUUUUGUUUACUUGCCUAUCAGAUGUACAGCUUUGAAAAUGAAUUUUUCCUCAAAAACUUCAAAAACACACAAACAUGGAGCUAAAA